UCAGUUGAGGAAGGACGCUUACGCAAUAUCCGCAAGCUAAACCGGGGAAAGGCGCUUCCUGCGUUGAUCCUCCGGGUGCAGCCUGCCUUCAUUGCAGCGCCGACCGGGUGACACGAGACCCAGCACAAUACUGACAGGAAACCGAGCCGGAUGGACUCGGGCAAACCGCCGCAAGGCUGAGCCAAGACUGGACCGGACGGGAGAACUUUGCGGUCGCGUUAUUUUCCAGCCAUGGAAGUGUCUGAGAAACCGGCUGAGAACGGUGAAAACUCGGGUGAUGUGGCGGCGCACCUGCAGACUCAGUUGGAGAAGGUGCAGGCUCAACUGGAGCAUUGGCAGGGCGUGGCCACAAUCUGUGAGCUCAGCAAGGAGGAGGAGCUUAAGGAGCUGCAGAAACACUGUGACCAGGAAAUACAGUCAUUACAGGAGGCCUUGAGAGAAACCGCAUCUCAGUAUGAGGCCCGGAUCUCCAGUCUACAGAUGGAACGAACACAGUGGAGACGAGCCAGCUUUGGCAACGACAGCAAGGGUGCAGGUGGGGGGGUACGUGAGGGCCGUGGCAGUGAGGUGGAGGGGGGUGAGCUGGAACACACUGGUCUGAUGAUGAUGAUGGGUGGUGGCUACCUGGACAGCUCGCCAUCUCACCUGGACGCCUCGUCUCACCUGGACAGCUCGCCAUCUCACCUGGACGCCUCGUCUCACCUGGACGCCUCGUCUCACCUGGACGCCUCAACCUGGACGCCUGCCUCACCUGGACAGCUCGCCAUCUCACCUGGACGCCUGCCUCACCUGGACAGCUCGCCAUCUCACCUGGACGCCUGCCUCACCUGGACAGCUCGCCAUCUCACCUGGACGCCUGCCUCACCUGGACAGCUCGCCAUCUCACCUGGACGCCUGCCUCACCUGGACAGCUCGCCAUCUCACCUGGACGCCUGCCUCACCUGGACAGCUCGCCAUCUCACCUGGACGCCUGCCUCACCUGGACAGCUCGCCAUCUCACCUGGACGCCUGCCUCACCUGGACAGCUCGCCAUCUCACCUGGACGCCUGCCUCACCUGGACAGCUCGCCAUCUCACCUGGACGCCUGCCUCACCUGGACAGCUCGCCAUCUCACCUGGACGCCUGCCUCACCUGGACAGCUCGCCAUCUCACCUGGACGCCUGCCUCACCUGGACAGACGCACACCGCCUUAUCGCCAUCUCACCUGGAGCCUCGCCCACCAUCACUGGUGUGGUGCCCUGGACGGGCGUGCCGCUGGUGUCCUUCUCGAUGGACACGCCCUGCCUCCCCCGCCGGCCGCCCCAGGACGACACCGCCUCCAUCGUCUCCACGGGAACGCUGGUGCCCGAGGCCAUCUACCUGCCCCCGCCCGGACACCGGCUCAUCACACACUCCGCCUGGGACGCACUACACGCACAGGCAGCCGCAGGAGAGGUGACUCAGUUGCGUGAGCAGAGAAUAGAGCUGGAGAGAGAGCUGGACACUCAGACCACAGAAACACAGAAACAGGUGUCAGUCCUCCAGUCUCAGGUGCAGACAUCAGAGGCCCUCCUCCAGGAGCUGCAGCAGUCUUUCAGCCAAUCACAGAGUGCUGUGCAGAGCCGCCUGGCAGAGCUGUCUGUUUCUCAGAGGAGAGUGUGUAGCGAGCUGUCCAGACUGAAAGGGGAGGAGCCAGAAGAGGAAGGGGCAGCAGAGAUGAACACAAACUUCAGCAGCUCCUCAAUGCAGGGGUCGCACUGUGAGGAGAGAAUUAGCAUCAAGUAAAUCAACCUGAAGGAGCAGCUGGAGACACGCACAGAAGAGAGCGAAGUGCUUGAGGUCCGGCUGUCCAGUUUAAAAACAGAGACGGACCGCAUCCAAACCCAGAAGGAAAAGUUGGAGUGUGAGAUGCAGGCGUGUCGCACUGAACUUCAGGGCCUGCGAGUGGCGCUAGCUCAUCUCCAGGGAGACAAGAAGAGUCUCCAGAACGACAAGGUGCCGCUGCAGCAGCAGUGUCUGGAGUUCCGCAGUCAGGUGAUCAGCCUUCGCACUCAGAUGGACACCAGCCAGACCGUACAGAUGGACUUCGUCCAGCUCUCCCAGUCUCUACAGGUAAAGUUGGAGUUGAUUCGUCAAGCUCAGACUCUGGACCAAGUGAAGGCGAUAUUGGGGGAGGAGCUUAGCUCAGAGGAAGCCCCGCCCAGCAUGGCCACCUGAUGCUGAUUGGCUGAUUUUGACUGAGCCACGCCCCUCUGCUGGAGGACCAAUGACGGCGCAGAUCCUGCAGCCUGAGACCAAAGCCAAGCUGAAACCACUCCCACUCACCAACUCCAGCCGCAGAGAGUGUGUGUGUGUGUGUUUUAAAAAGAUUUUGUCAUGUUAUAAACUUAUCAGGGACUGUA